CAAAGUGACGCAGUAGUACUCGAAAAUAGCAUAAAGUUUGAAGUUAUGGAGCAUUUCUUAAAUUGGUUUUCCUUCUGUGUCAUGUUCGCCCAUUUGAAUUACAUCAUGGCUUCACAUCACGGCUUUGAGGACCUCCAAUACGGCGGCUAUCAUCCGGUUGAGACACAUUCAGAGGUAUCCAAGCAUGUGCCUGUGAAAGUGAUAGAGAAGGUGCCACUCUCCAUACCGCACCCAGUGCCCGUAGAGGUGCCCAAUGUGAUACGCAUACAAAUUCCAGAACCUUAUGCAGUGCAUGUGCCGGUCGAACAGGAAAUUGAAGUGCCCACUUAUAACAUCGUUCCCGAGAUUACCGAAAAACGUAUACCCUAUACAGUUGAGAAACCAUAUCCAGUGGAAGUGGAGCGUCCCUAUCCCGUAGAAGUAGUGAAACAAAUUAAAAUACCAGUGCCUAAACCAUAUCCGGUGCCUAUUACCAUUUACAAGCAUGUGGUGCAGAAGGAUCAUGGUUGGGAUUAGUGUGUAUGGGAGAGGGAAAAAGAGAGACGGAAAGAAAAGUUGGAGUAGGACGUAGGUGCAUUUGAAAAGCUUUCAGGUUUUUCGAAAUAUUUAUGUUAAAGUCUGUAUUUAAUUUAUAAUAAAAUUGGAGC